AUGGCAUCUACCACAGACCCCAACCACAUCUCACGCGUCGCCCUUAUCGGCGCCACAGGCUCGCUAGGCUCCAAUGUCCUCUCUGCCCUCCUCGCCCAAUCUUAUCCUCAAUUCUCAAUCACCUCGGACACCCACCCGGACCUCACAUCCGAUCCACGCAUCACAAUCAUACCCGGCUCAUACACCGACCACUGGUUCCUCGUCUCCGCGCUCGCCAACCAAGACGCCCUUAUCAUCACCUUGGCUUGGAGUAUAUGCCAUGAGUUCCAACCCCUAAUCAUCCGCGCAGCCUGCGAGGCCAAGGUCCCCUACAUCCUCCCCUGCGAAUUCGGCAGCGACACGAGCAACCCGCGCCUGAUCAGUGCGGUUCCCAUGCAAACACACAAAGUUAACGCGCGGAAACCAGUCGAAGAGCUCGGUGGCACAUCAAGUUGCUGGAUCGGCAUCAUCAACAACGCCUGGUACGACUGGAGUCUGGCGGGCGGGUGGUUCGGAAUCGAUAUCAAACAUCGCAAGGCGACUUUAUUCGACAAAGGGGACGUCAAAGCGUACACGUCGACGUUGCGCAUGUCCGACCUAGCGGCUGCAAGGGUUCUUUCCCUACCACUCAAUACCAAAGGGCAGAAUCCCAACAAUCCAAAUAUGCAUCGGACCCUCCCCUCGUACGCGAACAAGAUGGUCUACGUGUCCAACUUCCACCUGUCGCAGGUCGAUAUGCUCCGGGCUGUGCAACAAGCGACACAUACCACCGACGCAGACUGGGACAUCACAGCGGUUUCGAAAGCGGAGUACAUCGAAGCUGGGUUCACGAUGCUCAAGAAAGGUGAGAUGUCGGGCAUCAUGAACGUGCUGUACGGGAAUAUUUUUACGAACGGCGUGGCUAACGGGUAUUAUGGCGCAGAAGGGAAUGAGAAUCCGCAGCUCGCGCAGGACAAUGCAAUGCUGGGGCUCGAAGGGUGCGAAGAUUUAGAGGACGUUACGGGACGAGUAGUCCGUGAGGUUUUAGAGGGAAGGGACACCCAGCAACAUCAAUAG